AUGAAAGACAUCAAAAGCAGGUGGAGCAGUUUAGGAGAAGAUGAGAGGAACAAAUAUAUUCAGGAGGCUCGAGAAUUGAAAGCACAAGAGCAAGCAGACCAGCUCAAUUCUGAAAUGAGGAAGCUCAAAAUUAGGAAGCAUCUGAAGCAACUUAAAGUUGAGAUGUCGAAGCUAGAAGAACUUGGACUGGAAACAGCACCUAUGAUAUUUGACUGCCUCAAUCCACAAGCUGCAGUCCAUGAACUGGCCAGCAAGAAAGCCAGUGAAUUCAUUGAAUCAACUGGAACAGGAAACAAAAUGGUGGGUCAUGCUGAGCUGUACUUGAGACUGUACUUGAGUACUGAUAGAUUUGAUCAUUGCCAUAAAGUAGCGAAGAGCUUUGUAGGCAGUUUCCAUGCAAGUUCUUCAAGCUCCAGAUCUAUGGAACCUGUUCCAGUCCUAGUUAGAAAGGUCUAGGACCUGUUCAACCAAAAAUACAAAGAGGCUGGAGGCACAGGAAGACUACCGGUCUGUGCUGCACACAGGAUUAUGAUAGAGGUCACCAGCCUGCCUAAUGACCUACCUCUAAAACAGCCAUGUCUUUAUGGGCGGCAGCAGUUGGCAGCAACUUUGCAGCACGCAAAGAGCAUUUCUUCUCAAAUAAAUCAGGCUUAA